CAUUGAUGUUAUUUGUGUUCUGAAUGCUUGUCUGACUUAAGAAUUAAUUAUCUUCAGAACUUUGGAAGCCUACUAAUGGAUUUUCUUUACUUUUUUGGCAUGUUUUCCAGGAAUGUAUUUGAUCCGCGCCAAAUGCGGAUAUCAGUCCGGGGAAGUGGAGUUUAUAUAAAAAGGGAAAGAUGUUGUAGCAUUGAUCCAAUACAUAUCGAUGAUCCGCUUUUUCCAACUAAUAAUGUUGGUAGGAAUUGCUUUAGGAUUCAUCAAUGCAUCAAGGCAUUUUCAGAAGCCUAUUCUAUUUUGGAGAACGAGCUUGCUUCUCUUUCAAAUGAUGACGAUAAGUGUCCAAGGCCAUCGAGUAGAUUGCUGCCAAAGAUCAUACCAAAUAUUGAUUUAUCAUAGGAAUACUUUGUGUGUAACACAUGCUAAUAUAUUUGAGAAGGGCGUAGGCCAGGCAGGCUAGGAAGUAGAGCUAAACUAAGGAGGUAAAGAGGUACUCUAUUUGUGUCCAUUUUCUCUCCUUUCUGAGUGUUUGUA